AUGAGCCUCCCCCCCAAGACCGACGACUCUUUUCACGGCCAGACUAUUCAAAUUGCUGAACUUCCGCCUGGCUUGAACUCUCAGUGUUCUUCUGCGCUCGACUUUCUCGAUUGGGCUGCACGCCUCGUUUGCGUGGGCAGCGGCGGCAGGCAUGCGGCCACUGUACAAAUAAUCUUACCCGCCCAAGACGGAUGCAUUGUGCGUGCAGACAUACUCCGCCAGCGCCUGGCUAUCAGCAAGUCCAUUGAACGAGUCGAGGAGUUUGUCUCCCUCGAUCAGCAUAUGACUGCCUUUCAAGAGAGCCAAGGUGCAAGCACAGACCUGCUCAGUAUCCUCAGCUACGCCGCUGGUGCCAUUCUAGAACAGCAGCAUAUCCAAAGCUCGCCAAGCGUGAACCAAGAGCUGCAGGCCAGGCUUUCUUUCCCAUGGAUCUGCCCUGCUCCAUGGACUCCGAAACGGCUGGUCCUCGUCGGCUGCAGGCCUGAAGUCAUCAUGGAGAAGUGGCUAACAGCAGCCUUCAACCUCGGCAUCCACAUCACCAUCGUUGGACAGCAUGGCCGAUGGCUGCAGCACCAGGGCUUUUGCCAGUCUGUGGAAAAGUAUAUCGAUAUCGACAUGGAGCUGGACGGCGGCUUGGCUGAUCGCAUUGCCGACGCCCUCAUCAAAGAUGGCACCGCCUACGACGGCAUCACCACCUUCACCGACACCUAUUUCGUCGACGUUGCAAGGGCUGCAAUUCGUCUCAAACUGCCCACAGCGCCCUUGUCGGCCGUGGAAACCGCCGUCGACAAGUACAAGACUCGAUCUCUGUUCCCCGGAGACUGCAACUCUUUCCAAGUCGACAGCUCCGCAGAACUUCGCCAAUCCAUGUCAGACGGUCUGGUCACAGCAUACCCGCUCAUUGUCAAGCCCAGCCAGGGCUGGGCCUCGGAGGGUGUCUCCAAGGUCACCAACGAGGCAGAGCUGUUUGCUGCCGUCGCUGCUCUCGAGCCUGCAAAACACGGCACUCACAUUGUCAUUGAGACAUAUCUCGACGGCCCCGAGGUCGACGCCAAUUUUGUGCUGCAAGACGGAAAGAUUCUCUUCUACGAGCUGGUCGACGACUUUCCCUGCACAUCGGAACGAGACGAUCUCCCCGGCCAAGAGAAUUUCUUGGAGACUGAGAUGCUCUAUCCUUCAAACCUGCCACCCAACGAGUCAGACAUCAUCAGAGACGAGCUGAGGAGUAUUCUUGUCAAGCUCGGAUUCCACACCGGCGUCUUCCAUCUCGAGGCCCGAAUCACCAACUCUUCAAUGGCUUAUACCUCGGCCAAUGGCGUGGACCUGCGGCCUCAUGGCAAGCGGUUGACUAAGGCUCCAACCGCCACACUGCUCGAAAUCAACCAGCGCGCGCCUGGCAUCAUGGCUCAGUAUAUCACGGCAUUCAAGAGCGGGGUGGACUGGACUGCUUUGCAACUGCUCGCAGCUCUGAAAGAUACCGUGCGCUUUACUGCGCUGGCGCACGAGUACGCGCCCGAGGCUCAACCCAUUAGCGCAAUCGUCUUCAUCAACACCGAGUUUCCAGGAACUUACAACGGCGAGUGCUUUGCUGUUGAUCUGAAGAGGCGGCGCCCUGAUCUCGGCGCCAUGGUCUACCAAGGUGGCUCCUACUACCACUAUACCAAUCCCAUUGCAACAGCACCCAACCUCGUUGGUCAUUUGCUUGUGUCAUCUGACAAGGGCCGCAAACAUAUUCUUGCUGCGGCAAAGGAGAUGCGGAGAGAAAUUAGACUUCCCAUAACACCAUUCCGGGCGUAG